GACGAUAUCCCAGAGGAGUCUGAGAAACUCAGUUUUAUUAAACUUGAGGAUUUUCUUUCCACUUCAGUGACGAUGUUUACAAAAAUGGCUGUUAGAGGAUUUAAGAGAGUAAAUUGGGUGAGUAGAGAGGUUGUAGGACGGAUAGAACCCUGGUCUAGGUCCUUUAGCUCUACGGGAAAACUUCAGGAGAAGAUUUAUGAGCUAAGAACUUACAAUCUCAUUCCUCAAAAGGUCGGAGAGUUUCUUGCUCUGAGUAAGGAUAAGUUCCACUUGAGAACUAGUCACUCUGUUCUCCUGGGAUACUGGACUACAGAGCUAGGAGGGUUGAACCAAGUUGUUCAUCUCUGGGAGUAUGGUAGUUUGAAUGAGAGAGCUGAGGUUCGAGCAAAGCUGGGACAAGAUCAAGACUGGCAGAAUCAAUACUUUCAAAAGAUUCUUCCUAUGCUUCAAAACCAGGACAAUGUUACUUUAAAAAGUUUGACUGAACCAGCAGCUCCGGGCCCUGAUACAAGUGGAGUGUAUGAACUCUGGAACCUGGAGAUGAAAACCAAUCCUGAAGAUUGGAUUAAGCUUCUCCGAGACUCAUCACAAGAACUAGAGUCUGAAUCCAGAUCCCUGCAGGGCGUAUUCCAGAGUGUGGUUGGACCAAUGAACUCUGGGAUUGUAGUCUGGAGACAUCAGAACCUAGAUUCAGCUGCUCAACUCAAACAUGAUCUACUCAACUCCGUCCAGGGGAAAGAGUUGUGGAGUAGAGUUGUCAAGGGAGAUUCUAAGAUUUUAGCUCCAACACCAUUCUCUCCCUGGAGAUAAAUAAGAUACUGGAUAUUCAAACCUUCAAACCUUUUAGCUAAAUAGUAUUCAUUUUUAAACCUUUCAGCUAAAUAGUAUUCAUUUUUAAACCUUCCUGUAAAAUAAUAUUUAUUUUUAAACU